AUGGUUUACUACUUUACCUCGACUGUGGUCUCCCCGUCCGCUUUUGUCUAUGUCGGCAAGGACAAAUUCGAGAAUGAGGAUCUGAUCAAGUAUGGCUGGGAGCAAGAUUUCCACGCCGACAAGCUCUCAUCGGCACACAUCUACCUGCGGAUGCCGAACGCAGAGGACUCGUGGGAGGCCAUUCCCGAGGCGCUGGUGACGGACCUGGCGCAGCUCACCAAGGCCAACAGCAUCGAGGGCAACAAAAAGGACAAUGUGACCAUCAUCUACACGCCGUGGUCCAACCUGAAAAAGGACGGCUCCAUGGCCGUCGGCCAGGUCUCGUUCAAGGACCCCCGCAAGGUCAAGCGCGUCCUCGUGGCCACGCGCGAGAACGCCAUUAUCAACCGCCUCAACAAGACCAAGGUUGAGAAGCAGCCUGAUUUCAUGCAGGAGCGCGAGGAUAUGCUAAAGGAGCGCAGGCGCAAGGACAUGGCUGCCGUACAGGUUAGGAAGAAGGAAGAGCAGCGCGUGGCCAAGGAGAGAGCCGAGAAGAAGUAUCAAAAGGACCACGCCUAUGAUGAUCUCUUCUCGGCAGACAAUGUUGCAGCCUCUAGCAAUCAGGAUGUCGGAUCGGAUUGGGAGGAUGAUUUCAUGUGA